AUGGCUCCCUCAGGAGCCACGGCAAUGUCGGGCCAGGAACCAGAACCGCCCAUGUUGCCUAUGCCCUCCAGAAACCCAUUACCACUAUCUGCAGCCCAGGAAUCCCAAGUGAGGGAGCUAUAUCAUGCGCGGGUGAGGGGAUACUGCGCGAAGGAGAUUAAGAUAUUCGCCGAUUGCGCCCUAAACCGCACCUUUACAGCCCCCUUUGCCUGCCGCGCCCAAAACCGCGUCAUGAACGCCUGCAUGAUACAACACGCCACGCAAGCCGAGCAAGAUGCAGCACGAGAGGAGUGGUUUGCAACGCGUCUCAAGCGGCAGCAGGAGCGAGAGAAGAGGGAGGAGAGGAGAAAAGAGCAGGAGAAGUUUCACAGGGAGUGGUGGGGCUUACCGGCCGAGGAUAGACAGGGAGAAAAGGGGAACGAAGUCCUUCGGAAAGCGGAGCGCGUGGGUGGCUUUCCAAGGCGGGAUGAUGAGGAGGGGGUGUUAAGUAAGGAUAGGCAUCGGUGA